AACAUUCCUCCCUGCCGUUCGAGUCGUCGUCGGUGCAGUUUUCUGAUUUUUCGGUCGAAAUUUCUUCGUUUCCGGGACAUUUUUUCGCAAUUAUGUCCGGUGCGAAGUAGUCCCGAACCCGUUUAGGACCACGCGCGGUUGGAUGUUUCUCUGCAGAAAGUUCAACGAGAUCGACAAAAUGUUCGGAAGAUUGAGUGAAGUUCUGCAGACUGCAGCUGAUGUGCUUGCGCCGCCACCAACCGCUUUACAGGACUUCGACUACCACUACAAGCUAGUGAAAAAUUUCUACAUUGGCGACAAGACAUUACCAAAAAUUCAUAUCAACGAUACUAACAUUCCGGUACAUUUGGAGCAGAUGCUACAGAUAUUAAUCAGUGAAGAGCAAGGCUCUGAUACCCCCGUAAAAUCCACUGAACAAACUACCAGUGAAUCGAUUGACGAGAAGCAUGCCGAAACGAGCACCAGCGAAUCGAAUGGAGAGUGCAUGGAGUUUGUGCUAAGCAACAGGCCACUUGAUGUAUUAGUCGAAUUAGCAGUUAACGAUUCUCCUCCAGGGGCACGCUUAGUAAUCCUCAACUGGAUUCGGCGACUGCUGUCCUGUUUGAAAAAUCCUCCCUUGGCUCAUGCAAGCAUUUUUCAGCCUGUUCAAAAACUCGUCGAACUUUGUAACGGUACCGUUGCAUCGCCGUACGAAAGAGAGGAAAUUCUUUUCCUGGAAACUGUUGCCGGAUUGGUCCGGAAGGAUUCGAUCUUGAUCAACCUUUUCCUCAGGUCCCAUCAUCAUUCCGCACAGAUGCUCACCAGUUGGAAGGGCAUCGGCACAACCAAAACACCGGUCAACAACUCCCUGUUUCAGAGCACAAAAUUUGAAUACGAAUCCAAGCGAAUUUCGCUUAUUAAAGAGGAUCAACAGGGCCAUGAGAGUGGCACAGGCGAGGAUCAAGAUGGGGCUGCAGGUGAGGCCUGUAGCAUGGUUUCGGUGAAGAAGGCAUUGGAUGACUUAGUGGAAUCAACCUGUGACUGUGAUGACGAAGAACACUUUGUACUGUUCGACGCCAUUGUUAGCUAUUUGGAUAGUGCAGAUAGUACAAUUAUAGUGAGAGCAUGUGAAGGAAUCUUGAUUCUUGCGUCAUUGCCCGAUUUGAACACUCGGUGUAACGCAAUCCGCAAUAGCCUAAGUCGGUUCAGCACAAUGAUUGCCGAUCGUUUGGCAGCCCACUGCCAACAGAUUCCGGAAGAUAUGGACACCGGUGAUAUAGAAGAUGCCAACGUUUCCUGGGGCCUCAUACCGAGGGACACCGAACAGCCACACUUUAUUGGCCGAUACCAGCUGACAUCGUUCCUCUGCUGGUUGGACUAUUGUGACUGUUUAAUGCAGGAAAGCUCGGCCGUCGCUUCAGAACUAGGAGAGUUGAUUCGUCAUCAGCUGCUAAUGAACUACAUCGAACCGGGUUUACUGGGAAACUAUGCUCCGUUUAUGCUAGUUCUAACAGCAAAGAUUAUCAAAAAGACACAAUCUAAGAUUCUUCUAGAUGAAAUUGCUAACUGGCUUAUAGGAGAGGGAAAUCUGACGGACAUCAAUGGGGCUGACUGCUUGCUAACGAUACUGAUUGAAAAUGCCCAUGAAAAUUCUGACAUUUUUCUACAAACGUUACAGUUUAUCGAAUCGUUACUGGAUAACCCCCAUGAAAAGAUCCUUCAUGGAAUGCUUUUCAUUUACAUAAACAGCCGGGGGUAUUGUGACACUAACGUUCAAACGAUUCAAUCAUGGUCAGACGAGGAGGAUAACCGAGAACGUCGUCGUGGAAGCGCUGAUGAUCCCAUAAAAUCGCGCACUCUUGCUCCUCAUAAUAUUUUGAAAGUGAUCAAUCACUUUUUGCUUCUCCUGCCUCGACAUAUUAUGAACGAUUCGGCUGGAAUUUGCUACGAAGAGUACAUGCAAGAUGCGAGUCGACACUACCACACAUGGAUCACUAAAACCCAUGGUUUUAACUGGCCCGUGGAAGCCGUCUGGCCCGCUACUCCUUCAGGAUCUCCUUCGCAGUCAUCGCUAGCGCCUCUACCGGCUGUCAUACACAAACCGAAAGCCAAAACCGAGCUCAGUGAGGUACAGUGUGGUGACAGUGGUAUCUCGGAGGAAAGUUUCUACGAAGGCCCUCUACUCAAGCUGCUGUUCUCACACGUCAAACAAAUGAGUAACCAACCGUACGAACUCAAUCUGGCUGUCAUAGCUAUCCUUUCGAAGCUGGCCCUUUUCCCCCAUCCGUACUUACACGAAAUCUUGCUGAGCCCAGAAAUCCCAGUGGCUCCUGGAGCCACCACCCUGUGGUCGGUGAUGCAGUUCUUAUCCCGACAACUACUGACGGAAAUUCCGCGAGUGGAAAAUUUCCAGGAAAAAAUAGCAGAAACAAGCAAACGGCUUCUUUCGAAUCCGCCUCUCUACCACAAAGAUUGUGAAAACGAUCCCUCGAGAAAUGGGACAGAAGAUGAUGAACCGGAAAUCAACGAUCCACUGUUCGAGUCCAUCGUGGUACUCGAAGAGUUCUGCAAGGAACUGGCAGCGAUUGCGUUCGUUAAGUAUCAUCACGCUACUGAGUAGACAGGGUGCGACGGAUGAAUUUUGACUUUGAAACACUUCUGAGAGGGCAUUGUAUAAAUAAUCCAAAUAGGACAAGAAUUUAUAGUUUUAUUUUUCUCGAUUCAGUGAGUAUUUUUGGCCGUGUUUGUCUUCGUCUAAAAUUAAUUACGUCUAGCUGCAAUAGUUUAGCCAAUCUAGCGCUUUAAGGCAAUACACAUUCGUACUACUUAGCAUAUUGUUCGUAAACUUAUAAAUUAUUACCACAGUGAUACAAAUAUAAGCAUAUUCUAGUCGAAAA